GCGAAGCUGGGGAACAGCUGGGUGAGUCCCAACGUGGGUCACCUCAUCCUGAAGUACCUGUGCCCGGCGCUGCACGACGUGCUGCAGGACGGCCUGAAGGCCUACGUGCUGGACCUGAUCAUCGGGCAGCGGCGCUGUCAGCCCUGGAGCCUGGUGGAGGCCUCCACUCAGCUGGGCCCGUCCACUCGCGUCCUCCACAGCUUGUUCUCGAAGGUGAGCCAGUUCUCGGAGCUCACCAGCCACAGAAUGAGGAUGAACGCCUUCAUCUUCGGUCUUCUCAACCUGAAAUCUCUGGAGUUCUGGUUCAAUCACCUCUACACACAUGAAGAUAUCAUAGCAGCACACUACAACCCGUGGGGUUUCCUUCCCCUGGCGCAGGGCGCCUGCCAGCCUCUCUUCGAGGAGCUCCUCCUCCUGCUGCAGCCCCUGUCGCUGCUCCCCUUCGACCUGGACCUCCUGUUUGAGCUGCACCUCCUCCAAAAGGGCCAGGAGCACCUGCGUCGCAAGGAGCAGCUGUGCUCUGCGGGCCAGAGCGUCGACCGGUCGGCUCGCUCCACCUUCCAGCUCAUGCGAGGAUGGAGCACCACCGUGAGCGAAAUGGUCAGAGACUCGAGCGGCGAGGUGAAAAAGGAGAGGGCGGGGCUGAGACGGGAGGGAACGUGGCCCAGGAUGGAAGGAGCCAAGUCGAGAAGGGAGGCGUGGGGGGUGAAAUCCAGUAUGAGGAAGGAGGGGGAUGCAACAGAGAGCACGACAGCUGGACCUGAUAGCAGACAGACGAUGACGAUGGAGGUAGGGUUUGCCAAUCUUUGGAAGGAGAGGGGGAUGAGUGAAGAGAGAGUGAAAGGUGUGGGGCAAGAGAGCCAGGGAGAAGGGGAGGAUGGACAGGAGAAGGACAGGAGGAAGAGAAAAGAGAGGGAUCCAGCUGAAGAAGGGCGUCAGUGGCAGGACAGACAGGCCGGCUGGUGGUACCAGCUCAUGCAGUCCUCCCAGGUCUACAUCGACCAAUCCACGGAGAAGACCAAGUUUGUGAAGAGCGAGAAGAGGAAGAGGUCGUCGGAGAGACGACAGGGGCGGCUACCGCCCACCCGAGAGGGUGUGGUGGAGGGGGCGGAGUCAAACCAAGAAGGGGAGGGCUGCAGAAGCAGGAAGAGCAACGGUAGCUCCAGCGAGGAGUCGGGCGGACCACGGGGAAGACCCUCGUGGAUGGGCAGCCCCCCAGAGUCUGUUCUCAACCAGGAGAAAGAGACAAAACCUGUGGAGGUCACGGGCACCGGGGCCCCGGCCGCAGCCCAGGAGGACAGCCCCUCACAGGGACAGAGUUUGCGUUGGGGCCGUCUCUUCGGAUCGAGUCUUGGUUCUCCAUCCAGAGCGGAGGCAGCUGAGCAGAGGGCGAGAAGUCAGAGGACCAGACCUCCGUCAGGUUGGCUCGGUCUGGACAGGUCCGUCCUCGACCUCGUGGCUCAGACGAUCGGAGCAGGAGGCAGCGGGAAGAAGACGGAGCCUCCGACGACUCCCACUCACACCGAGAACACACACAAAGCACCAACGUCGACUCGACCACCUGAAGCCAAACGACAGCCUCUGUGUGAAGUCCGAGCUCUGUGCCACCACAUCGCCACCGAGCCCGGACAGCUGAGCUUCAACAAGGGCGAUGUUCUGCGGGUCCUGAGCAAGGCUGAUCCCGAUUGGCUGCUCUGCUCCCAGGGCUCCACGCAGGGAUUGGUCCCCAUCAUCUACGUCACCCUGAACAGCAUGGACGACAGCCGGGACGCCACUGGGCCCGGGAACUGCUGAGCUGCAGCCGAGUGAGAGAAAAAAGUAGAAGACGAAGGCAAGCGGCUCCGGACACAUUAAAAACAUCUGCUUUUUGAAAAGGGAAAACUGAAAGUAAACCAAUUGCUCGGACAUUGUACAGACAUAUUCAAGGGAAGCAUGCAGGAUCAAACUCACGUCUACUUCAAGGCUUCAUCUGGGACAAGUACGCAUGCACACAUCCAAAAAAAAACAAAACCCAAAGACUCUGAACGACGCUCUUCUCUCUCAGCAGUGACACAAGUUAAAAAACCUGCGUGAACAUCAUCCAUCUUUACUUCCAACUAAACAAGGAGGGUACUCACUGUAUGAUAUAUGCUCUGCACCACGCCUAGCUGCACUUUGCCGUACCGUCUGUACUUUCACCUCGCUGUGCCGCACUCUGAACACGGUUUGGUUUCAUGUCCCGUCGCUUACUUAGUGCCGACUGACGUUUUUUAUUCACGUAGAAUCAGUGAAUCCUUAUUCUUUUACCUUUUUUUUUUAGGAAAAGAUUUAAGGUGGAUGAUGUGAAAGCUAAAAAUUGCUCCCACCUCUGCAGACGUGUUUGUUAUUAUUAUAAUUAUAUCAGAGGCUGAAACCUGGCGGCAGUGUUUUUAGACGCCUGUUUAACCCGAGUGAAGAAGUUUCUUCAUUCCCCAUCUGUCCAUCGAUCUGGAGGAGAUUUCCUCUCUGCUUGAAGCUGGGUGGAGAAAAAGGCUUGAUGUGCUUUAGGCAGAUUUAAACUUCCACCUCGGUCGAUUUGUUUUGUAAAUGCAAAUUUGACUUCCAAUGAGCUGUGGAGAUGAUUUUUCACCUCCGUCGAGGAUCCAAUGUUUUCAUUUUGUUUAAAUUCACCAAAACUACUGAACAGAUUUUUUUUUCUUUCUUCAACAGUAAAAAAGUGUUUUUUGUCAUUUUCAUCAAGUUCCAAGCAAUUUAAUCUAGAGUUUCUAAUCCUGGAAAAGCUAGUGAGAAAUUAGUAAUUGAAAUUAUGCAACACGUGAGCGUGCGCUGACUGAUCUGCGGUGCAUGUGUCUCCGGCUGAAGUCUCGUGCACAUCGAGAGCAGGGGCAGGGUGCGUUCAGGCAAACCGGUCGGUUAGCGACAGGUGCGCCAGCCAAUCACUUCAUUCGGACCGUGGUCGUGUUUAUCGCAAAUGCACAGACACUGGCACAACUUUAUUUAUAACGACUCAUAGGACUUGAGGAGGAUUUCAACAAAUAAGAUAAACGUGUUCUGGAAACAACCGACCAUCCUACCUUUGCUUCGUGGAUCCUAAUGAAACAAUCUGCUUUAUCUGAAUGGCGUGUGUGAAUUCAGAGGGAACUGCUGCGGGGCCGUGGCCGAGCGACGCGCUCUCCUGAGUGCGAUUCUGGUUUUCUGAAUGUGUUCUUCAAAAUUAUUUACUAAUUGCUUUUAGAAAAGAGGUCAGUGAUCUGAUUUAUGCCUUAAAGCCUGUGAGGGGAAAAACUGAGAAACUUCAAGGCCCAAACGUUUGUCUUGACACAACAGUAUAUUUUAUACAUACAUAUAAUAAUGCAUCUAGCUUGAUGUUUCGCCAGAUUUCCGUCUGCAGAUAUUCUGGACUUCAGAGUUUAGUGAAGAAAGAGAGGUGUAUUCUAAGGUGAUAUUUUUUGACGUCUAAAGGGAAACCCCAGCACGUUUUGUGAUGGCGGCUUUACGGGCAUUCCUGUGCUAGUACGUGCACGGUGUAAAAUGUGGCCUUAGGUUCCUAAUGAGUUGACAGGAAAGUACAAUUUAAGGCUAUAGAGUGUAAACGGAUGCCCGGUCCAAACAUAUUACACAUUAAAAACAGGUGAAAUCAAUGUACGUUUAUUAAAUAAAUGAAUGCUUGUGUAGUUUUUGAAAAACUUACAUGGGAUAUAAUUCUUCCAUAAUUGUAUUUUUAUUUUCCUCUUGGUUGCA